GACGGGCGCGAAAUAUUCCACAUCGUGCGUGCGCAGCUGAAGCUUCUGGAACGAAAGAAGAAUUUAUCCCUAUUCUAUUCCAUUCCAUUCCACUUCAGUCUCAGUAUCCUUAAUCUUCAUCCCAAAACGCAAAACCCUCACUUUUCCAAAUCUGAAUAUCUCCAUUUUGCACAUAUGUCGAUCAUUCCCAACUUCUUCGGGCGCCGAUCAAACGUUUUCGAACCUUUUUCUCCAGUUGGAUGGGAUCCAUUUGAGGGCUUCCCUAACUGGCCUAUCCCUUUCCCUUUGCACCAGGGCUCGAGCAUCGCAUCUAGCUUUCCUUUUGAAACGGCGUCGUUGCCACACUUCCAGAUCGACUGGAAGGAGACGCCAGCGGCACAUGUGUUUAAGGCCAACGUCCCUGGACUGAGGAAAGAGGAGCUCAAAGUGGAGGUUGACGAAGGCAGAGUCCUUCAGAUCAGCGGAGAGAGGAAGCGCAAGCAGGAGGAGAGGACCAACACGUGGCACCGCGUGGAGUGCAGCAACGACAUGUUCUCCAGGAGCAUCCGGUUGCCGGAGGACGCUAAGGUUGAUCAGGUCACGGCGGCUAUUGAGAACGGGGUGCUCACCGUGACCGUGCCCAGACAAGUUAGUGUCCGGUCAAUUGAGAUUUCCGAUUAGAGUAUACCUAAAUUCUGUUUAUGGGGUUUGAAUCAGUCCGGUGUGUUAAUAAUUUUGCAUAAUAGUGACUCUGUUUCUUGUUAUUGGGCUUGUUGUGGUUAUGUAAGAUAUGUGCUUUCUAUUUCUAAAGUACCAAUUGGAAUGUAUAUAAUCAAAACCUUGUUACUUAAACUAAUCGGAUGGGUGUGAUAUAAUUAUAUAUA